ACUAAUCAGUUUUAAAAAAAGAAGGCUAACCCUUAAAACCCACAGAAGAGCACUUAGUAGCAGCCAGCCAGUCAACAGGACGAACUCAGCUACCGGCGGCGACUGAUCUCCGACCAAAUUUCCUCCUGAUUAGCGUAACAGAUCACAUUCCUUUGACUGGAAGAUGGUGUUUUAUCGUGGUGUAAAACGCCCUAUUGCGAUCAUAUACAAAAGUUUAAAUAGUUCUAUAUGUUCUGGACAUGGCUACUCUACUUUGACACGUCAUGGAAAUUCCAUUGCUGAGUCUAGAGGAUAUUUUCAGAAACAUGGGAAUGGGCCUAGAACAUUUGCAGUCUCUAUUAGGAGAUAUUCAGCCGAAAUUUCCUCUUCUGAGCAGAUGAACUUAAUCAAGCUGCUGAGAGAAAGAACAAGUGCUCCCAUAAAAGAAGUCAAAGCUGCUCUUGUCAUUAGCAAUUGGGAUAUUGAGGCUGCUCAGAAAGACCUAAGAAAAAGAGGGAUAGUUCUUGCAUCAAAGAAGUCUUCUCGAACUGCUGCUGAAGGGUUGCUUGCCUUGGCACAGAAUGAAAGCAAGGCAGCUGUGAUUGAACUUAACUGUGAAACAGACUUUGUUGCAAGGAAUGAAAUUUUUCAAUACUUGGCCUUGUCAUUGGCAAAAUUGGCAUUGCUGCUUGAGGGCUCACAACAGUCUUUUGCUGCUUUUCCUGUUGGACAUCUGGAGGAGUUGAAGCUGAAUCUUGAUCAUCCUAAAUUGAGUGGUGAAAAAAGUGUGCAAAAUGCAAUAACUGAAGUAGCUGCAAUGAUGGGGGAGAAUGUCAAACUAAGAAGGGGGUUUGCAAUGUCUGCUCCAUCGCUUGGUGUGAUAUCAACGUAUCUACAUACAAGCCCUCAACCAGGUGUUGGACGUAUUGCCGGAAUUUUAUCACUUGAAGUAGAAGAUAAGAAUGUCUCACAAGAUGCACUUCAGCAUGUUGGAUCAGAAUUAGCAAUGCAUGUAGUUGCUGCAAAGCCAUUGUUCUUAACAAAAGAAGAUGUUUCCUCUGAUGCACUAAGCAAUGAACGUGAGAUUCUCAAAUCUCAGGCAGAGAGUUCCGGAAAGCCUCAGAUUGCCAUAGAAAAAAUGGUCGAAGGUCGUUUACGCAAGUAUUUUGAGGAAGUAGUUUUGAUGGAGCAGAAAUUUAUUGUGAAUGACACAAUGAAUGUCAAGACAUUGUUAAGCAAUCUAUCCAAGGAUGUUGGUUCGCCAGUUAAGAUAGGAAGCUUUCUAAGAAUAGAAGUUGGCGAAGGACUUCAGGGGUAAAUAUACACAUAUUUAUGACCUGCUUGAAGCAUCGAAUGAAAGUGAACCUUUGGCUAAUGCUGCUUAACAUGAACAACUUAUGUCACGAUCGUGAGAGAACUACCGAAGACACUGUACUUUGGGUCUCUACUUUCUAGUUUUUGAUCUUCUGAUUAUAGUCUUCAUGGUGGCACUGCUGAAUGUGAGUCCAUACGCUAGCUAACCCUGAAGAGGUUUUGUUUCACAUUUUGAAUUUUCAUAACCAGUAAUGUAAAAGAAUAAGGUCUUCAUUGCUCUAGUGAGUUUUGGUCUCGUGGUAUGAGAGCAACAUGUGAUGGUGGAUUAGGUGCAUGUCAUGGGUUUGACAAAAGCCUGAUAUUUAAGUUGAGAAGAGUAGAGAGGGGAAGUAUCCACCGAGUUCCAAACUGCACGCCACUAGCCAUUUUGGAUUUCUUGGUCAUCAAAAAGAAAGAAUUAGAAUAAGGUCUUCAUUGUGUUAUUUUUUGUUUGGUCAGACAGAUUAUUCUUUCAUGAUUGUUGAUUUAUAAUGUCAAAUGAUAUCCUUGUCUUGUCUGUA